UCUUCUGUUUAUCAGCAGAGAAGCUCCGGCGAUGGGUUUACACACACUAAGACUCGCUACGGCUCCUAUGACCUUCUCUACAUUUUCUUCUCGCCUCUUCCUCAAGCCAUUUCCCAAUACUCUCCUAAGUUUGUUUCCCCGCCAUGUUCAACCGCGUAAGCCUUUCCUUGUCAGAGCCUUCUCCGCUUCCUCCGCCGUACAAGAUAUUCCGGCCACGCAGGCCUCUGAUUCCUCUGCUGCGAGGCCGCAGUGGAAGGCGGCCAUUGAUUUCAAGUGGAUAAGGGAUAAUAAGGAAGCAAUCGAAAUCAAUAUCAAGAACAGAAAUUCGAAUGCUAAUUUGGAAGCUGUGCUUGAGCUAUAUGAGAACAUGAUCAAUCUCCAGAAGGAAGUUGAAGGGCUUCGUGAGGAAAGAAACAACGUUGCGAAGAAGAUGAAAGGGAAGCUCGAACCAUCAGAACGUCAAAAACUCGUAGAAGAAGGUAAAAAUCUUAAGGAAAGUCUUGUAACUCUGGAAGAAGACCUCGUGAAGCUUAGAGAUGAGCUCCAACUUGUAGCACAGUCUAUACCAAAUAUGACACACCCUGAUGUUCCUGUUGGAGGAGAGGAUUCAUCGGCAAUAAGAAAAGAGUUUGGUAGUCCACGUGAGUUUCAUUUUCCAAUCAAGGAUCAUCUCCAGCUUGGGAAGGAUCUAGAUCUCAUUGAUUUUGACUCUGCUGCAGAGGUAAGUGGUUCAAAGUUUUUCUAUCUGAAGAACGAGGCAGUAUUAUUGGAGAUGGCCCUCCUUAAUUGGACAUUAUCAGAAGUUAUGAAGAAGGGUUUUACGCCCCUAACGACCCCUGAAAUUGUGAGAUCUUCUAUUGUUGAGAAAUGCGGUUUCCAACCUCGUGGAGAUAAUACUCAGGUUUAUUCUAUAGAUGGAACUGACCAAUGUCUCAUUGGUACCGCUGAAAUUCCCAUAGGAGGAAUCCACAUGGAUUCUAUUCUUCUUGAAUCAGCAUUACCUUUGAAAUACAUAGCAUUCUCUCAUUGCUUCCGUACUGAAGCUGGUGCAGCUGGCGCCGCUACUAAAGGUCUUUACCGAGUUCAUCAGUUCAGCAAAGCAGAAAUGUUUGUCCUAUGCCGACCUGAAGAUAGUGAAACAUUCCACGACGAACUCAUUCAGAUCGAAGAAGAUCUGUUCACUUCUCUAGGAUUACACUUCAAAACAUUGGAUAUGGCCACAGCAGAUUUAGGCGCUCCAGCUUACCGCAAGUUUGACAUUGAAGCAUGGAUGCCCGGUUUAGGUCGAUUUGGCGAGAUAUCGAGCGCAUCGAACUGCACUGAUUACCAAAGCCGAAGACUUGGAAUUCGUUACCGCCCAUCUGAACCGCUUCAGGCGGAUUCUAAGAAAGGCAAGAUGAAUCUUCCGGCUCCUAAGUUUGUGCACACUUUAAACGCAACGGCGUGUGCUGUCCCGAGGAUGAUGGUGUGUUUGCUGGAGAAUUACCAGCAAGAAGAUGGAUCCGUGGUGAUCCCUGAGCCCCUUAGGCCUUUCAUGGGAGGCAUUGAACUCAUUAAACCCAAGCUUAGAUAGUUUUGAUGGGUAAGGCAACUCUUGUUGUAAUGCAUACUUUUAUUUAGUAUUAUACAGCUCACAUGCGCUGAGUUUUGUUGUGUUCUUUUUUUCUUCCCAACAACAAUGGAAAGGCAAAUGUUAUUUUCUUCCCAACAACAAUGGAAAGGCAAAUAUUAUUGUUCAAUUGGUUUGGUU